AUGGUUCCCGCUUCGGUGGUGUCAGAACGAAAAGAGCAAGCAGCGCGUGAAGAAAUCGCCUCAGAAGACACGGGCCGAGAAGCAGGGAAGACUGGUGGACAGGCGGCUUACCGCCAAUGGACUAUUGCACUGCGCCCACAAGAAGUUGGCGUCGCAUCCAAGACCAUCGAAUUCGACGAAGCACUGGCGUUGGACCUCCCUUACCACAAGGGGGUGGGAGAAGCACUACAUCGGUUUCUGCUCAAUCUGCAAGAUUCCAAGUACACACUAGUCCUGAGACACACCGCCAGCAACCUGAACCACUUCCUCGAGGCGGCCAGCGAGGCGUUGGAAUUAGAGGCAGUGCUCAGCCAUCGUCCCGAACGCUACUUCGUGCUGCCGCGCGAGGUCCGGCCGUAUUUGCGGCCUGACGUCCACAUCAACUACGGACGUAUGAGGAGCGAGCGAGAAGGGUGGGCUGUUUUGUGGACGGCAGACCUGAGCUGUUUUGUGGAAAAGGAAGGGCAGACCAGCGAAAGAACUCUUGAGGGCAGUGUGCUCUUGGAUCCCAUGGGCGGUGUCGGAACCAUUGCCAUCGAGGUAGCCGUGGCUUUCCGGUUAGGCGUGCUGGUCCUUUGGUCUCGCUCCGCCGGUGUGCUGGAUGCCGCGACCACGACCGGUGCCACGACCGGCCCGGUGGACACGGACUGGACGUUGGAAGAGACGGACGAGGAGGGCGUGCCGCUGUCGAUGGUCGCAGACGUGAGUCAGGUGGCGGAGCAGCUAGGCCUCAACGGAGAGGUGGAGCCUUUGGCCGACCGACUGACCUUGCUGCGCUUCUAUUUGCAUCGAGACCGUCAGGUGGCGUCGGCGGUGCAGAUGUACAGGGAGACCAUUGCUUGGCGUCAGGCCUUCAACCUCAAGCAGGUCAUGGCGGACUAUGGCCAUGGCGAGGCUGUGGGUGCCGUGCGGCCCCUCUUCAGAGGGGACUAUGGAGAGGAUGGCAUGCGGCUCUCGACGGGCCCUUGGCGAUGGACGUGGCAUCCCAAUGCUCCAGCAGCCAUCCAUGUGGAGCCGUUCGUCUUCUUCGGCCGCCUUCCGUCUCCGGCGCCUGAUGGUGGACCGGUCCUGGUCUGGCGAGCUGGGCUGGCGGACUAUGGAGGCUUUGUGAGGGAAGAACUGGUGGACGAGAUGAUCCGCGCCUACGUGGCACACUUCGAAGAUGCCCUGCAAAGUGCGCGCAGCACGUCCAGGGGCCGCCUGGUGCGUGCGCGGGUGGUGGUGGAUGCCCAGGGCUUUGAUCUGGUGAAUUUGAGAUAUCUGCAGGACCACUUCCCAGAGGUCUCGGCCUCCGUCACGGUGGUGCGUGCGCCCUGGAGCGUGGUGAAGCUCUAUGAGCUCCUGAAGCCUUGGCUCUCGCAGCACGUGCAGCAGAAGGUCUGCUUCCUCGCCGAGGAUUUUGCUGCUGGACUCUGGGCCCACGCGCGGCUGAAGCUGGCGAUGUUGCCCCAGUUUCUGGGCGGUCACGUGCCGGACGAGGAGAUGAGAAGAACCACAGCCGCCGUGCGCGUGCCGCGCCUCCGCGCGCGCAGCUCCGACCUCAGCGGCGACGCCACGGCGGCGGCGCGGCUCAACGCGGCACAGGAGGACUGCCGUCGCUUGACGCUGCCGGACGGCUCGGUCGAUGCGGUGGUCACGGACGUGCCCUUUGGGAAUCGCAACCGACUGAUCUGGGUCAAUGGCCUCCUGCCAGCCUUCCUUGCAGAGCUGCAGCGCGUGCUGCGGCCGCAGGGCGGCCGCGCUGUGCUGCUGCUGACGCGUGCGCAUGCGCGGCAAGUGGUGGCGCUGCUGGAUGAGGUCUUCUUGGCAUUGGUGGUCGUGGCCUUCCUCGGCCUCUUCUUGAGACAACUCCCCUCAGAGGUGCCGCUCGGUCCGCCACCGGUCCGCGACCCGGACCUGCUGGGUGCGCCGAGCGAAGCGGCCGAAGCGGCCGAAGCGGAAGCUGCGACGCCGCUUCCGCGGUGUUGCUAUCCGGGCCUGCGCUGCGAAGCGGGGCAAAGGCAGUAUAAGAUUCUGAUCACUCAGGGGGAGCGCAAGGUGUCCAAGCAAAAGCUCAGCUGGAUGUACCGCAACGUCCGAGAGACGCUGCUGGAAGGCUUGCGAAGCCGAGAGGAGGAAUGUGGCUACAAGACCUUCGUCCACGUGCCGGACAAUGACACGGAGAAUGGGAAGUACCCGGUGCAAAUGCGCAGGGGAGACGUCCUCAUUCACAUUGGACUCGAAGGGCGAGGAGACUUUGUGCAGCUGUGCCGAAGGACCUUCGCGCGGCGCAAGGUGUAUUGCAUCGAAAUGUUCUUGGAGCCAGCACCCAAGCCCAGUUUGGGUCAAGGAGUCUGCGAAAUCUGGACCUACAGCUGCUUGGCAUUCUUGUUCCAGGCAAGUGCGCCGAGCUGGUAG